UUGUUUGAUGAUAUCACAGCCUACGCAAUAGAUUCCAAUGCUUUACAUGAACACCAGAAGUUUCGUUUUCGUGUCGCGUAGAACAAUUCUGAGAUGGAGCAGAAGCAGGCUUGAUUCCGAGUGUACACUGGAACUUGAUGCAUCAUCAUAUCCUUCACAAAAAUCAGUUUGUAUUCGAAAAAGAGGUUUUAAUACCAAUCAACGCCAACCGAACAGCAGAACCACCAGAACAUUUGCAACCAUGAGUUGUGACAAGUUAUUUAAUGGAAACAAGGACAGAUUCAAUGGAGUUACUGUUGAUUCUACUCAAGAACCUUGUGAUACUUCAACUUUCCCUGAUAUUUUAAAAGGAUCGCUAGAUAAAUGGAGAGAUACUGGCAUACGAGGAGUUUGGUUUAAAGUUGCACUAGCUGACUCAACUUGGGUUCCAGUCCUUGCUCAGAAUGGUUUCCGUUUCCAUCAUGCGCAACCGUCAUAUGUUAUGAUGGUUUGCUGGCUUCCAUCAAAUGAAGUUUGCAAUAUUCCACAAUAUGCAAGUACGAUGGUUGGUGUUGGUGCAAUUGUGAUGAAUGAGAGAAGGCAAAUCUUAGUGGUCAGUGAAAAGUACAAAUUAUUUCCCCACUGGAAGCUACCUGGAGGCUACGUAGAACCUGGUGAAGAAAUUGUGAAUGCAGCAGAACGGGAGGUACUUGAAGAAACAAGUGUAAGAGCCAAAUUUAAACAAAUGGUCUGCUUUCGCCAUGUUCAUAAUUUCACAUUUGGAUGCUCUGACAUGUAUUUUAUUGUUGCUUUAACACCAGAACCUGGACAAGAGGUUCUGAAGAAGUGUGACAGGGAAAUUGAUGCAGUUGAAUGGAUGACUGUUGAAGAAUACUUGAAUCACCCACACGUGCAUUCAACAAAUCGAUUCUUUGUCAAAAAAUUCUUAGAGUAUGAAGCAAGUGGCAUCUCCUUAUCAUAUUUUGAAGACACUCACCCAAUCCUAAAGAAACCUUAUCUUGUGUAUAGCCUGGAUUUGGGUCCUCACACACCUGCUGAGAAACAAAACAAUAUACCCUCUCAAAGUAAUAAACUGUGAUAGCCACCUACUUAUAAAAUUUAGACAAUAACCAAUACUAAUAUAUACCUCUGCAUUACAAUAGCUUUGAUAAACAUGUUUUUAUGAAAUUUUGGUAAAUAUUAAAGUAAUUAUACAAACUAAUUCAUAAUUAA